AUGUCUCGCCACUCUUCCUUCCAUGUCGAGAUCGAGACCAAGGAUAUCGGCACAAGCGAUGGACAGAACCACGAUCGGCAAGAACACCAUGAGGAGUCUCCGGAACAGACACCCAGCGAUCUCAGCCCCUCUCAACACGAUGAGGGCGAACUUUCCAAGACCGCCUUCGCCAAACCCUCCGUCAACGAUAUCUCCCUCGUUCCGAACGGCGGCCUCACCGCAUGGCUUCAGGUUCUGUCCUCCUUCAUGCUCAUUGUGAACACAUGGGGCGUUGUGAACACUUUCGGUUCGUACCAGACGUACUACGAAACUGGCCUUCUCUCGAAAGAAUCCCCAUCCACCAUCUCCUGGAUCGGAUCCCUCCAAGGCACGCUCCUCAUGCUUUGCGGUAUCUUUACAGGCCCCAUCUACGACGCCGGUUACGUCCGCUCCCUCGUCCUCACGGGAUCCUUCCUCGUCGUCUUCGGCCAAAUGAUGCUCUCCUUGUCCACCACAUACUGGCAAGUCUUCCUCUCGCAAGGCUUGUGUAUCGGCCUCGGCACAGGCUGCAUGUUCACCCCUAGUGUCGCCAUUCUGAGCACCUACUUCUCUACACGCAUGUCCACUGCCCAAGGUCUCGCUGCUGCUGGAUCCUCUAUCGGUGGGGUCAUAUAUCCGAUUGUGUUCCAUCGUCUUCUGCCAACCAUUGGAUUCCCUUGGACCACUCGCGUCCUUGGCUUUAUUAUGCUCGCCACGCUUGCCAUCUCCAACUUGGUUCUCAAAGUCCGAGUGCUCCCUGCUGGACAGCGCAAAAUCAUCGACCUCUCCGCAUUUCGCGAGCCGCCUUUUGUGCUUUUCUCCCUCGCAACUUUUGUUGGAUUCCUCGGUCUAUACACGCCCUUCUUCUACGUCCAGUCAUACGCCAUCGACACUGGUCUGGCAAAAGCAGACCUCGCCUUCUACCUCCUCGCCAUUCUCAACGCUGCCAGCGCGUUCGGUCGUGUCAUUCCAAGUAUCAUCGCCGAUCGUGUGGGCCCAUUCAAUGUGGUCAUACCCUGCGUGUUCGCAGCAGGUGUAUUAUGCAUCUGUCUGAUUGCCACUCACAGCAUCGCUUCUGUGAUAGUCAUCUGCGUGCUAUACGGCUUUGUGUCGGGGACUUUCGUUAGUCUUCCGCCGACCAUCUUUGUGGCCAUUACGAAAGAUCGAGGAGUGAUUGGCAUCAGAAUUGGGAUGGGCUUGGCGAUCAUGUCGAUUGGAUUUUUGGUGGGAGCGCCAAUAUCAGGGGCCAUCUUGCAUGCCAGUGACUAUCGAUAUGUCUGGCUGUUUGGCGGUCUGUUGACAGUCGCCGCGGGCUGCUUGCUGAUUGCGGCAAGAAUCUCUCACGGAGGGUGGAAGGUAAUGAAGGCCGUGUGA